AUGUUCGUUAAAACACACAAAAUUAACUUAUUAAACAAAUUGUUUAACCCUGUCCGGUUAAGUGUUAGGCGUUACGAAAUACCGGAGCAUUUGAGAGCCAUAGUCGACGACCCGGAUCCCAGUUUUUACAGGAUGGUCGAGUACUUCUAUCACAACGCGGUUAAAGUUUGCGAACCAAGCCUCGAGGAGUAUUUGAAAAAAUACACUCAUCUGUCGGAUAAGAAGAGGAAGCAGCGGGUCUCCGGAAUUUUGAAGGUAAUGGGCUCUUGCAAUAGCUCGUUACAAUUCGAAUUCCCCUUGCAAAGGAAGAACGGAGAAUACGAAAUGAUCCACGGCUACAGAUCCCAGCACAGCGUCCAUCGGUUACCUUGUAAAGGAGGCAUUAGAUUCUCUGACCAAGUGAAUUUGGAGGAAGUGAAAGCGCUUGCGGCUCUUAUGACAUACAAAUGUGCUUGUUCUAACAUACCGUUUGGGGGCUCUAAAGGAGGUGUAGCGAUAAAUCCAAAAAAAUAUACUAUCGCUGAACUGCAGAGAAUAACGAGGAGAUAUACUUUAGAACUUGCGAAGAAGAAUUAUAUCGGUGCCGGCAUCGACGUUCCAGCACCCGACGUGAACACGUCCGGUCGGGAGAUGUCCUGGAUCGUGGACACCUACAUCAAGACGCUUGGCUACAAAGAUAUAAAUGCUGCGGCGUGCGUCACCGGCAAGCCCAUCAACGGGGGCGGCAUCCACGGUCGGGUGGAGGCCACGGGCCGAGGAGUCUUCAUGACCAUCAGUAACUUUAUUCACAACGAGCAUUGGAUGAAACAGAUCGGCUUGAAGCCCGGCUUCGAGGGCAAAACAGCUAUUAUUCAAGGUUACGGCAACGUGGGCAGUUUUGCUGCCAUUUAUCUUCAGCAGCACGGAGUCAAAGUCAUCGGGGUUUUAGAAGCUGAUUGCAACCUCCACAAACCUGAAGGGUUAAACACUGAGUUACUGCAGUACAAACAGAAGAACAAGGGAAGCGCUAAAGGCUACCCGAACGCGAAAGAUGUGGGCCCGGAUUUGUUAUACGAAAACUGCGACAUCCUCGUCGUCGCGGCGAUGGAGAAGACUCUCUCACAACAGGUCGCAGCCAAACUGAACUGUAAGAUUAUCGGCGAAGGCGCGAACGGUCCAACGACUCCGGCCGCGGACGUGAUACUCCGCGACAAGAAAGUCCUGGUCAUCCCGGACUUGCUCGCGAACGCGGGCGGAGUCACCGUCUCGUACUUUGAAUUCUUGAAGAAUAUCAACCACGUCAGCUUCGGGAAAUUGAGUAUCAAGUUCUGGCGAGACUCUAAUACUGCAUUACUAGAUUCCGUUGAAAAGUCGUUAAAGGCGGCCAAUAUCGACGCGAAAAUGGGACCCACGCCGCUGUUCAAGUCGCUGAUGUCCGGCGCCAACGAGGAGCACAUUGUCAACUCUGGGCUCGAGUACUCCAUGACCAACGCUUGUAAAAAUGUAAUGCAUGCUGCAAAAUCCCACAGUCUAGGCUUAAAUCUACGUACAGCGGCCUACGUCACUGCUAUAGAAAAAAUCUUCGUCACCUACGACGAACACGGCUUGGCUUUCUGACAAACUGCGAGCCCUGUCAGUGACAAUGUCAAUACUUAUAAUUUAGAAAAUGACACGAACAACCUUGCGUUUAGCGAAGUAAAGCUAAAACGUAUUGUAAUUUGAGUGUCUAAACGUUUUUACCCAUUUUUUAAAUAUUUAUUACGUUUUACCUUGGAAUACUUAACCCGUUUAGUGCUGAGCUUAUUUUCACAUAUUUUGCAGAAAUUGCUAAAGGGUUUUUGAAUAA